UCUUUCUUUCUUUUGUUAAAACUAAAACUAUUUGUACGGCACUUGUGUCAGAAAUCCCCAACAAAAAAAAAAAAAAAAAAAAAAAAAAAAAAAGAACAAGGGAAAAUCGUAAAUUAUCUGAUCAAACUUCACUGUUUUUUCAGCUUUGAUUAUGGAGGCGCAACUGCACCAUCCCCAGGAUACCGGGUUGCACUUAGGGGAAGGCCAGGGUCAAGUUCAUGAUGAAGGUGAACAACAUCAUCAUAAGAAAUCAGUACUUAAGAAGGUUAAGGCAAAAGCAAAAAAGAUCAAGGAUACUCUUAAGCAUGGUCUUGGACACGAUCACGAACAUGAGCACGAGCACGAGCAUCAUCCACUGCAAGGUGAACACGAGGAAGAAGAAGAAGAUGGAACUGACGAUGAAGAAAUGGAGGAAGGUGCAGAAGUUCAUGGUGGACCCUACGCUAUUAGGAGUAAAGAUAUUCGAAAAGAGGAUGUUGGGCCAAUGGUCAAUUUAGAGAAUCCAACUAGCCCAAAGGAGGAUCGUUACGAUGCGACAAUGAAAAAAGAAGAGGUGCAUAGGCCAGUUUUGCAGAGGCAAGACGAAUUUGCAAGGCCACCAUCUAUGGAGGAAGCUCACUUCCCUGAAGAGAGGCAUAGACCACCUUUUGCUGAGACUUAUCAGACUAAGGGCACUGAUCAUGUUACUGCCCAUGGAAAACAAGAACACCAAGGACUGCAGGGGCAUAAAAUUGGAGCACAAACAGGCUUAGAAGAUCGUUACACCCCCCACUUCCGAGAAGAGAGAUACACACCACCUUUUUCUGAGACUUGUGAGAAGCAUGAAAAUGUUGGAGCACCAACAGGUCUAGAGAAUCCUAUGCAUAGGCCACAUGCUGCUGCUGAUACACAUGCGACUAUGGACAUUGAUUAUGUUACUGCCCAUGGGAAAUUAGAAGAUCAAGGACUUCUGGGGCACAAAAUUGGAGUACCAACAGGCAUAGAGGAGGAUCCUCACGCCCCUAAAGGCCGUCCCGAGUUGAGCCCGAAUCCAACCAACUAUCAGAGUAAAGUCGCUGAUCCAACAGGUGCCAAUAAUGAGGAGGCAGGAGUUAGUCCACUUGUUCGAUCAUUCGAGAACAUGGGUGUGCACGAUGCUCCAGAAACAACACUAAACCAACGGACUGAACAAAUAAGGCCAGAGCUAGGAGCAGGGGAAACGAAAUUUGAUCGAGGAACAGAACACAGCCUAUAUACAGGAUCACAUGAUCAAUUUGCACCACAGGAAGCACCUACUGAUUUUCUCUCAGUUCCUAAACAGACUGAAUCACUUCCUAAAAGCAUGAAUCCUAGCAAGCCAGAAGAUUCACCUCAGGACACACUAACUGGAAAACCAGGUAGCUAUACAGAGAAAAUUUCAUCCGCCACAUCAGCAAUUGCUGAUAAGGCAGUUGCAGCUAAGAAUGUUGUUGCCUCCAAGCUUGGCUAUGGUGGCACAGAGGAGGAAUCUAGCAAGUCACAUGCAACCGGAAGUGAUGAAGAUAAAGCAAAAACAAACUCAGCAGCUGAAUUAGCACAAAAAGCUGUGAGCACAGUGGCAGAAAAACUUGCUCCUGUUUAUGAAAAAGUGGCGGGUGCUGGCACCACAGUCAUGGCAAAAGUUCAGGGCACAGCAACUGGAGUAACAGGACAUGAAAGCAGGGGAGGAGUUGAUGCAGAGCAUGAAGACAAGACUAAAGCUACCGAUAAAGGAGUUUCAAUGAAGGAGUAUUUGGCCGAGAAAUUUAAGCCUGGAGAGGAGGACAAGGCGCUGUCUGAGGUGAUUUCAGGUUCACUUUCAAGACAGAAGGAGAAAACAGAGGAAACAGGGGAGGAAAAGCUAAUUGGGAAGGUAACGGAAUCGGAGGAAGUGGAGAGGCGAUUAGGUCCUAUUGAAGACGCAAAGAAAGAAGAAGAUGGUGCUUCUGGAGAAACACAAGUUGGCGAAGGCUUUGGACAGGGUGCAGUGGAUAGGCUUAAAGAUGUUGUAACUACGUGGCUUGGGAAAGGUGGUGAAACACAGACGUCCACAAAUGGAACAAAUUCUGCUGUGGAUGGAGGUGCUGUAGUUGGAAGGGGUACAUGAUCAGGAUGUUUGCAAAAUUGAAGUUGUACAACCAUGAUUCCUUGACUUCUUCUGCUUUGCAUUUUCGCUUAAUUUUCUUUUUGUUGUGGUGUCUUCAAACCUAAGCUUAUUUCUAGGAAAGUUGUAUUUUGCCUAUUCUGUGUUUUGUAAUCACACAUAUUUAGUUGUAGUAUAUCUGUUGUGCUUCACUCCAGCUAGUUUGGGGUUCUGUUGUUUUGUAAGUAAUCCACUGAACUGUGAAACUCAUGGACAAGCGGGCAAAUGGACAUGUGGUUUCCUGUACCUA